AGAUCAGUGUAACUCUCAAUGAGAGAAUCAUGCACAACGCCCUCUUUGGUGCCGGAGCGAAAACUUCCGCGCUUUUCAUAGGAUCAUACCGUCAGCGUAAUGUCAUGGUUCGUUUUAUGGACAACUACGAGGGACGUCGUUGCUUCGCUCUCUACAGUGCAGAAGAUUAUGAAGAAUCAUUGGUGAUUUCGUUUUCUCAUAUUCUCAGGAUAGUGAGGAGAGAUAAUCAAUAUCACGGCAUCAGCAUUGAACUCGACGCAGCGGCAUCAAUGAAACUGGCAUUAUUCUACACAGAAGCGGUCAGUAGUGAGCAGAAGACCAUCAUUUUCUACGAUUUGACCCGAUUCGAUAGACCUAGAAUGACCAUAAAUAUGCUUUUCGUCAGCGACUACGUGGAAUGCAGAUGCUUCAGGGGGCUCAACUAUUGGGUCCGUAGAGGAAACGAGGCCUGCAUCGAUCGUAAUUCCACAAAUGGGCUAGUCGUACUUCAAGAGUUACCGUAUUCCUUAUGGUUGUCAUAUCUCAAUAGCUAUGGCAUUCUUACAUCAAAAGGUAACUUCUGGAUAUCUGCAACCGAUCAGCUGUCAAAUGAUGUCAAACCGAAUAUGAGUGAAAACGUUAUGAGAUUUGCCGACAGUACUAAAAGAAAAUCUCGUUCAAGUUGCCUUUACCAGGAAGUUUUUGGAUCAUCCAAUGUCAGGGCAGUUGUUCAUAGACCAGAAAAUGUAAAACUGGUCGAAGUGAAGCAAGAAAACGUUGAAAUAAAACAGGAGAAAACGGCUUAGGCUUUGAGCCCAGAAAACCACCCUAAUUUCACGCGUACAAGGCGAUUUUUCGACUUUUCAAGGAGCCUUAU